GAUUAUUUUGCUAGUGUAGUGGCCUAGUGGCAGUUAUUCGCAUCAUAAUUAUAAACCGCUUCAAAACAGUGUGAUCCUUUAACACGCAUCCGACAAACACAAGAAAUCAAACCUUUUUUUCUUCACUUUGUUCAAAAACAUUUUUCAAAACGGAUACCAUGGCUGCUACAAUGCCUAUAAACCCCAAACCAUUUUUAAAUGGUUUAACAGGUAAACCUGUAAUGGUAAAACUUAAAUGGGGUCACGAAUAUAAGGGUUAUCUUGUAUCAGUCGAUGGAUACAUGAAUUUACAAUUAGCAAAUACAGAGGAACAUAUAGAUGGAAAUUGUACUGGUAAUCUUGGCGAAGUUCUAAUCCGGUGUAAUAAUGUAAUGUACAUACGAGGUGUAGAAGAAGAAGAUGAAGAAGGAGAAAUGAAGGAUUAAUGUAACUUAUAUUUAAAAUUGAAUAUAGGUUAAUAUUUUUUACUCUUAAUUAAGAUAAAAUAAAAAUAAAAUAAAAUACAAUGUUUUCCUAGA